UCAUUUCAUUCCACCUUGGUUUUCUUUCAAGCUAAGGCCAUAUAUUGGAGGAUUCUAUAUGAGAAUGAAGAGGGCUUUUACUUUUGGUGCACAAGGACUCAUUAUGCUUGCAAUUGCAGUGUCUUUCUUCGUAGUUGGUGAGGCUAGAACCAUUAUUGUCGGAGGCUCAGAAGGAUGGCGUCCUGGCGUCAACUACACAGAUUGGGCUCUUAAAACAAGUCCUUUCUACCUGAACGAUAAACUAGUAUUCAAAUAUGCACCCCCAAGCGACACCUUUGUUGCUCCAAAUGUUUACCUACUACCAAACGUAUGGAGCUAUUGGAAUUGUAACUUCAACAGUGCAAAGCUGUUGGCAAACGAAACACAAGGAAGUGGUGAAGGUUUUGAGUUUGUGCUGAACGAGUCUAGGCCUGCAUACUUUGCUUCCGCUGCAGAUGAUGGCAGGCACUGCACUGAUGAGCAUAUGAAGUUCUUUGCUAUUGCAAGGCGGCAUCUGAAUUAGUUAUCGAUGGCCUUAACAAUGCUGGAUUGCUUGAAAAAGACACAAGUUGUGCUUGUUCUCUGCUGUUCAUUUGGUUUUACUUGCAUAUCAAUAAGAGGGUUUGUUCCCAAUUACUUUGUUUUGAUUUAAGUUUCGUACACUUUAUGGCUUUUAGGGAAAUAAGGGUGAGAGGGAUAUUUGUGUUUCUUCUUGAUAUAUCAGCAUGAAUUAAAUAAAACAACCUUUGCUUUUUAAAUUA